UGGAAGUGCUCGCUGGGAGAUUGCCAUGAAGAUAUGAUGCAUCAAUCAAAUUGGCAAGACAAUUUUCAAUUCUUGGACAUCCCGGGUUAAAACAAUUGCCUUUCCAUCUCCAAGAAAAUUCCCCAAAGAAACAGAAGAUGAGUUGGCUAUUUCCAGACAAAAAACAAGUUGAUGCAAAAAGAAUCAUCACUGGAUCUCCAUGAUCAUAGGGAACGGAGGCUCAAGUCAGUGGGCCGCCCCCCGUGGGUGUGUUCGCGCUUCCGGCAUGGGGAAAGUUCUGCCUUUCCUUGUCGCCAUAUGCGCCUCCUUGCUGUCGCUUCGUGUGGUGCAACAAUGUUUCUUGGCUUUGACCGCACCCGUGCAACCAUCCCCUCGUUUUUCUGCGGUGAAAGCCGGAGAGAUGGGCUCCAUGGAUCUCAUGGAAGGUGACUUCGCCAGUGGAUCUCUGUUGGCCGGAGCUGAAGUUCCUUCUUUGGAAGGCGCACGUGAGGUGAACGUUGCCAUGUUCAACAAGAAGCGCACCAAAAGAGAUCGAAGCGAGGGCUGGACCAAGCGUAAGAAGUUUCGCACCUGCUCCCUGUUGGCUCGCGCUGCCACCCGGAAGGGCCGCAAGAUUUUGCAGAGAAAGAUGCGACGUGGCAAGCACGAGUUGGCGCCUGGGGACUACUGCAACUACAAGAUGCGCAAGGUCAAGUCCCUGCGCUGAGGAGGCGCUCCAGAAGGGGUCCAGGCGGGUGUGGAAUGGUCAGAACUGGAUUAGACCAUGGUGAAUUCCAAUGUGCUUAGUGGGGGGCUUUUGAUUUGGCAAUGGGCCCUAAAAAGAAAGAAAUGUCAGCUAUUGUGGAAGAGGAGUUGUCAGUUCAUUCUGUGUGAUGUUGAUAGAUGUGAUUGAUCUUUGCUGGCGCAAUCAUAUGGAGGAAAUUUAUCAUUUGUUUUGCGCAAUCAUGCACACACUUUCCGGUUUUGAAUUGUUGCCGUGGUGCACAGGUUCUGAGAUGCCAUUUGUU